UCUCUCUCUCUCUCUCUCUCUCUCUCUCUCUCUCUCUCUCUCAUAUUACAACUCUUCUUCUUCUGUCACUUUUGAAUACAGCACACAAAAAUUCAAAACCUAUUCACUUUAAUCGCUCUUAGUUCUAAUUACUCUUAUCAUAAUGCAGACAAGGACGGUUCAAGUGAAGCAACUUUCAGAUCUAGCUACUGAGAGAGAGAUUUACGAAUUCUUCUCGUUUUCUGGAGAAAUUGAAAACAUUCAGAUCGUUAGAGAAUAUGGAAAGCCAAAGACUGCGUUUGUGACAUUUAAGGAUCCAAAAGCACUUGAAAUUGCAUUAUUGUUAUCGGGAGCAACAAUAGUAGACCAGAUUGUGAGUAUUAGUCCCGUCGAGAACUAUGUUGCAAAUCGUGAGAUGCAAGAAGCAAGGGCGGGGGAAUAUGCUAUAACCAUUGCUCCUUCUGAAGAUGCCGCAUUGAAUUCUGAGGAGGAGAAACCCGGCGGUAGAGUAUAUCUUAGUAAAGCACAAGAUGUAGUUACAAAUAUGCUGGCAAAAGGAUCAGCGAUAAAACAAGAUGCGGUGAACAAAGCUAAAGCAUUUGAUGAGAAGCAUCAAUUGACUGCCAAUGCAUCAGCAAAGGUCAGUUCAUUUGACAAGAGAGUUGGACUGACAGAGAAACUGACAGUUGGACUUUCUGUAGUGAAUGAGAAAGUGAAAUCUGUGGAUCAGAGGCUACAAGUUUCGGAUAAAACAAUGGCAGCAAUAUUUGCAGCCGAGAGGAAGUUAAACGAUACUGGAUCAGCUGUCAAAACAAGCAGAUACGUGACUGCCGGAACAUCAUGGUUAACGGGUGCUUUUAGCAAGGUGGCGAAAGCCGGAAACGUGGCUGGUACUAAAACUAGAGAAAAGUUUAAUAUGGCCGUUUCAAACUUGACAACAAAGGAUACCUCAUUGGUUGUAUAGUCCAGAAUUCCGAAUUUCGUUACGAAGAUCACUUCAUACGGUCUCAAUUGAAGAUCUGUUUCAGAGCUGUUGUGUGUCUUUGAGAUCAUGUACUUGUUUCUUUCUCUCCUUCAACAGUUCAAUGUUUGUAGUAGUUAGCAACUAUAGUGAUUCAAUUCAAUCCAAUUUUUUGUAUUCUUUUAUCACUCUGGUGUUUUUUAGCUGUUGCUUCUAUGUAAUUGGUGAUUUUGGCUUCUUUUUUCUUCUUUACUUUUGUCAAUAGGAAAUUAUAGACGUGAAGCAUUUGUAUUUCUUUUUUCAACAAAGAUUCAUUUGGAGUAA